AUGCCGCCUCGUAGGAGGCCACAGCCCGCUGCGGCCAGCCAGGGUCGUCGGCCCUCUGAGGCGGGUCAGUCAGCGGACUCUUCAACAUCCAAGCGCCCUUCCGUAUCUCAACCGGCCAUGCCUACCGCUGUGCAAGACGACGAUUAUGUCAAGUACAAGCACCGAGAUCCCUUCAAUGCGCUCUUGGAACCUUUUUACUACGACAAGUCACUCACCGACCCUAUCGACACCGCGAAAGACAAAUGGAACCUGCUGCCCGCAUUCCUCAAGGUCAAGGGUUUGGUGAAGCAGCAUAUCGACUCAUACAACUAUUUUGUGGAGGUGCAGAUGAAAAAGAUCGUGGAAUCAGCUGGUGUUAUUCGCAGCGACAUUGACCACCACUUCUACGUCAACUUCACAAAUAUUUGGCUGGGAUCGCCUCGCCGCGCAGAUGAGACUCAGGAUGCUGGGAUAGAUUUCCAGUCGGAUAUCACACCACAGGAGUGUCGGCUUCGGGAUACUACCUAUGCCGCCCCAAUUCUGAUCGACUUUGAGUAUGUCCGUGGUCGCCAACGCGUUGUUCGACGAGGUGUUGCCAUUGGUCGGAUGCCGGUCAUGCUUCGCAGUUCCAAGUGUGUUUUGGCAGAUAAGACACCGGCACAGAUGGCUGUCCUCAAUGAAUGUCCAUUGGAUCCUGGUGGCUACUUCGUUGUAAAUGGAACAGAAAAGGUCAUUCUGGUCCAGGAGCAGCUCAGCAAAAACAGAAUUAUCGUCGAAACCGACCCUAAGAAAGACAUUGUCCAGGCCUCGGUAACCAGUUCUUCCAAUGAACGUAAAUCUAAGAGUUACAUCGUUCUGAAGAAGGGACGACUCUACGUGAAGCAUAACGUCCUCAGCGAAGACCUGCCGAUCGUUGUGUUGUUGAAAGCCAUGGGUAUCCAUACCGACAAAGAGAUGCUCCAGAUGGUGGCUGGUGAUGAUAGCCAAUACCAGGACGACUUCGCCAUCAACUUCGAGGAGGCGCUCAAUUUGGGAAUUUUCACCCAACAACAGGCUCUGGAUUGGAUGGGUUCUCGAAUCAAGAUCAACCGGAAGACAGGCGCAUACCGCCGGACCCAUGUGCAAGAGGCGGUGGAAGCCAUCGCAUCUGUCAUUAUAUCCCAUAUUGAGGUAAAGGAUAUGAACUUCCGACCAAAGGCAAUCUAUGUCGCUCACAUGGCCCGCCGUGUCUUGAUGGCUAAGAACGACCCGUCAAUGGUUGAUGACCGCGAUUAUCUCGGAAACAAACGAUUGGAACUGGCAGGUCAGAUGCUUGCUCUCUUGUUCGAGGAUCUUUUUAAGAAAUUCUGCUUUGACAUCAAGUUGAACAUUGACAAGGUCCUGAACAAGCGCAACAGAGCAGAACAAUUUGACGCGUGGAGUGUCAUGAGCAUGCACGGUCACCACAUUACCCAGGGCAUGAACCGAGCCAUUUCCACUGGUAACUGGAGCUUGAAGCGUUUCCGUAUGGAGCGUGCGGGUGUGACGCACGUCCUCAGUCGUCUGAGUUACAUUGCUGCCCUUGGUAUGAUGACUCGUAUCAGCAGUCAGUUUGAGAAGACGCGAAAGGUCUCUGGUCCUCGUGCCCUUCAGCCGUCGCAAUUUGGUAUGCUGUGUCCUGCGGAUACGCCCGAAGGAGAGGCCUGUGGUUUGGUCAAAAACUUGGCCCUUAUGACACACAUUACCACCAACGACGAGGAGGGUCCAGUACGAAACUUGAUCUUCAUGCUGGGCGCCGAAGAUAUCUCCACCGUCAGCGGUAUCGAACUGUAUAAGAAAGGAACUUACACUAUCUCGAUCAACGGUACACCGACUGCUUUGACAAGACGGCCCAAACACUUCCUCAACUCUUUCCGCAGACUUCGUCGCAUGGGGCGAAUCUCGGAGUUCGUCAGUAUUUACAUCAAUCACCACCAGCAGGCUGUACACGUUGCAACCGACGAUGGUCGCAUCUGCCGACCACUCAUUGUUGUUGAAAAUGGCAAAUCCCGAGUCCGUCGACACCACCUGCAAAAGCUGCGCGAAGGCAAGAUGGCAUUCGACGAUUUCCUUGCACAGGGCCUGGUUGAAUAUCUUGAUGUGAACGAGGAGAACGAUUCCUUGAUCUCCAUCUACGAGAAGGAUAUUACCGAGGCCACUACUCACCUCGAAGUUGAGCCUUUCACUGUCCUUGGUGCUGUUGCUGGGCUUAUUCCUUACCCUCACCACAACCAAUCUCCUCGAAACACCUACCAAUGCGCUAUGGGUAAGCAAGCUAUUGGUGCAAUUGCUUCGAAUCAAAACCAGCGAAUCGAUUCUAUUCUCUACCUCAUGGUAUAUCCACAAAAGCCCAUGGUCAAGUCACGAACGAUUGAGCUUGUCAAAUACGACCAACUUCCCGCUGGUCAAAACGCCACUGUCGCGGUCAUGAGUUACUCCGGCUACGAUAUUGAGGAUGCUUUGGUGUUGAACAAGGGCUCGGUGGACCGUGGAUUUGGACGUUGCCAGGUCUUCAAGAAAUACGUCACGAACCUCAAGAGUUACCCGAACGGAAUGAAAGACCGCUUGAACCCUCCUGAAUAUGAGAACGACGCUCCUAUUCGCAAGCACGCAUUGCUGGAGGCGGACGGUCUGGCUGCUGUGGGUGAGAAGGUGAGCCAGGGUGAGGUUUACAUCAAUAAGGUCACCCCUGACCAGGCCCACACGAGCGGAAUUAUGGGCUCCGACACUGGAACCACCUCUUAUAACCCUGCCUCCAUGUCAUACAAGUUGCCUGACCCGGCAUACAUCGACAAGGUCAUGCUCUCCGCCACCGAGGGUGAGACUCAGCUCCUUAAGGUGCUGACUCGCCAGACUCGUCGUCCCGAGGUCGGUGACAAGUUCUCGUCUCGCCACGGACAGAAGGGUGUCGUUGGUAUCAUUGCCGACCAAAUGGACAUGCCCUUCACCGAAUCCGGUAUUAACCCCGAUAUUAUCAUGAACCCUCACGGUUUCCCGUCUCGUAUGACAGUCGGUAAGAUGCUGGAGCUGGUCGCUGGUAAAGCCGGUGUUCUUGCUGGUCGACACGGCUAUGGUACUUGUUUCGGUGGAACACCCAUCGAAGAGACAUCACAAACCCUCAUCGACCACGGCUUCAGCUAUGGUGGUAAAGAGUUCCUCACUUCUGGUAUCACCGGUGAACCGCUCCCCUUCUAUGUCUUCACGGGUCCUAUCUACUACCAGAAGCUCAAGCACAUGGUUCAAGAUAAGAUGCACUCGCGUGCACGUGGUCCCAAGGCCACCCUGACUCGACAGCCUACCGAGGGUCGUUCGCGUGAUGGUGGUCUUCGUCUUGGUGAGAUGGAGCGUGAUUGUCUGAUUGCCUACGGAACCAGUCAACUUCUGCUAGAGCGUCUCAUGAUCUCGUCCGAUCGUCACGAGGUUGAUAUUUGCGAGAAGUGUGGUUUCAUGGGAUUCUUGGGCUGGUGCCCCGGAUGCAAGUCAACUCGUUCUGUUUCUAAGAUGGUCAUCCCCUAUGCUGCCAAGCUAUUGAUCCAGGAGCUGAUGAGUAUGAACGUUGCUGCCCGCCUGAAGCUCGAUGACGAGUUUCCCGAGAUGAAGGGCCGUUAA